GACCAAUCAGUCGCUGGAGCUCAUCGCGCCUCCGUCACGGUCACGUAUCUCCGUCGCGCUCUAACCUCAAUCCUAUCGCUGCGUCCGUCGCGCUUCCUCCCGCGACCUCCUCUCUUUCACGUCUCUCUCCCCCUGACCCCCCCUCCUUCCAUCCUCUCUCUCGACGCGCUCCUCUUCCUUCUCCUCCUCUUUCUUCUCCUCCCGUCGCCGCUGCCCUCUUCCUGUCGCGUAUACGUACCGCGCCGUUUGUCUCUUCCUCUCCCGCCCUCUCUCUUCUCUCUCUCUGUCUCUCUCUUUCUCUCUCCCUCCCGCGUAGAAUCGACUCAGUGUAUCGCGCGAUUUUACGUGCUUCCGUACGUGUAUUACGGACGGCAUCGGACAUCCAGGAUGCAGGCCAUCAAGUGCGUGGUCGUCGGCGACGGUGCGGUGGGUAAAACGUGCUUGUUGAUCAGCUACACCACCAAUGCAUUUCCCGGGGAGUACAUACCAACGGUGUUCGACAACUAUUCCGCGAAUGUGAUGGUGGACGGUAAGCCGAUCAAUCUCGGCCUGUGGGACACGGCGGGACAGGAGGAUUACGACAGACUACGGCCGUUGUCUUAUCCACAAACUGACGUUUUUCUGAUUUGCUUCUCGCUGGUGAACCCGGCGAGUUUUGAGAACGUGCGCGCCAAGUGGUAUCCGGAAGUACGUCACCACUGUCCUGCCACUCCGAUUAUCUUAGUCGGCACUAAGCUGGAUCUGCGCGAGGACAAGGAGACCAUUGAGCGUUUGAAAGACAAGAAGCUAGCUCCCAUUACUUACCCUCAGGGUUUGGCAAUGGCAAAGGAGAUCGGCGCUGUCAAAUACUUGGAAUGCUCCGCCCUGACGCAGAAAGGCUUGAAGACUGUGUUCGACGAGGCGAUACGCGCCGUGCUGUGCCCCGUUCUGCAAGUGAAGCCAAAGCGCAGAUGUUUCCUUCUAUAAUAUUAAAUGUAUCCCUCUUUGCACGUUGGUACUGGAAUGUGUUAAAAAAAAGUGUCACGUCGUCUCAUCUCCAGUGUACCAAGCACCACAAUCGAAUCGAUCGGGUGAAUUACCGACUAUUUGGAACCCCAGUUGUACCAGCCUACGUCAGCAAAGAGGCUGCAAAACUUCUGCCAGCACAUAAGCGCACAAACGUCAGUUCGGUAUCAAAUUUCCAGCGAGCAAAACAAAAGAGGGUUCACAGGGAAUCGUGAAUUCGAAAUAUUAAAAUUUAUUCUUAUGUGGCCUCCAGCACAUCCUAAAGGAGAGAUAAAUUACGGGGGAGGUUUCCUGCUGUCUACGCGAGCAAAACUUCCAGUCUAGACAGUCUGAUGAUGUUAUAGGGCUAUAAAAUGCGAAUCGACUGGAUGUUCUAAGCGAAAGGAGUGUAAAAGAAGCCAAAAUAACUGAACUAACCACUGUACAGUAUACUAGAAGUACGUUAUUAAUAUUACAAUUAAUAAUUAUAUAAUGAAUGGUAAAAGAAAAAAAGCAAAUAUUACCAUAUAAUUGUAUAAGCGUCCAAACACUGACUGUAUAACACUGAUCAGUUUAAUCAAAGAGGAAAACCAUUUUAUGCUAUUUGCCAUUGUACAUUUUAGGUAGGACACGUAUAGUUAACGCAUUUAAAAUGGAAAAAAAAGACGAAAAAAAAAAUCAGUAGUUUUCCUUAUCGCGAAGGAUUUCAAUAUGCAUCAUGAUAUGAAUUCAGAGAGAAAGAGAGAAUAUUUUUUAGAGAUAUGUGCGUAGAAUACAUGGCAAAUCUGUUUGGACGAUAUUCAUAUAGAUGUUCAUUAUAAAUGUGAAUAACGGUAACUCCACGCAUAUAUACAUUUCUCCAAGUACUUAGAGCAACCAUAAGUAUUUCUUUUGAUUCCGAACGUUCAAUGCAAUAUAUAUUAUUGGAAGCUUUAACGGAGCUUCGACAGAGUUGCUUUCACACGCAAAGAGAAUUCGUUAGCCUCUGAAAAAAUACCGAUCUGUUAUUUUCGUAAAAGUCCUAGGUUUGAGAAAUUGUAUAUAAAAUCUAAUUGAAGGCGUUGGAUGCGUUAAUCGAAUGCCAUUCAAUGUUCACUGUGCACGUCCUAUAUUUAAUUCUGUUGAAACGCAAUGGUUUAACAAUAUAGUUUCGCUUCGAGGGUGAGUUUCUGAAAACGAUAAUUAACCGAUAGACGCGCGAAAAAUAAAAUAAAAUAAAAAACCUGAUAGCUAUAUUUUCCAAGCGGAAUCGGUAGCGCAGCGCGGCCGCAUAACAUGGCUUCCUUCUUCCACUAAAUUGGUUAACAUUAUCGUAAAUGUUACAUACCGUAAUUUAAGAAAAAGGGAAAAAAAUAGCUAACUGUACAAGAGUUCUAGAUGUAUGUGAUAUAAGUAUAAAUGUCAAAUCGAGUUUAACGAUUUCUCUGCUUCGUGUUGUUCCGAUCUUGCACGUUGCCUCUUGCGCGGUGAUCUGUGAUUAGUGCGCACAAUGCAUGUUCUUUCUCACAGGAAUUACCGUGUCAUCGGGCUGGAAUUGAAAAGGGGAAAAAAAAACGAGUAUAAUGCCGCAUUUAGAAAAAGAAAAACAGGAUACGACUACUGAAGCAGAGGACGCGUGAAUGUUUUGUAUGCGCGAGAAAAACGAGAGACUGUUAACCAGUACGGAAGAGAGAAUGAAUUUGAGAGUGAAGCAUGAAUGUGUAAGUAUAUAAUGAGAGAGAGAGAAUUCGCUAUAACAUAACAACUGUACAUAAAUGCUGAACUUCAAAUGUAUUCCUACUUAUUACCACAUAUAGUAUACGACUUUUACGUACGCGCGUAUGCGUAUAUUGUAAGUGGUAAUACGAGCCAUAUACAUAUAUACAUACAUAUAUACAUAUAUAUAUAUAAAUAGAUUAUAUAUAUGUAUAUGUAUAUAAAAGUCGCUGAUCGAAUCUAAAUCGUUACUUGUUUUUUUAUAUAUAUAUUAUAAAUAUGUAUAAAACAAAACGCUGGGGAGGGGAGGGGAAGCUGGACCAAGACCUAACUAGACUCUCAAUCAUCGCAGAUUCUAUAUUAAUCUCUGUGCAAUCUGUUUGAGAAAGAAAUGAAGAUUCGGUCCGUACGGAAAAAGAAUCAUAAAAACUAUUGUAACUAAAUAUGCUUUAUUAAAUGGGUGUUUAUUAAA